AUGCGCUCGACCAGUGAGAAUGCUGGCUCCCGAGAUUUGUCCCAAUCGUCUGUGACGGCAUCGUCUCUGACCGCUUCAACACAGAUUCAGCCCAAAACCCAGACGUUACCGGCCGGAUUUUCUCCCAGUACACAGAUCCAGAUCGGUAAAGACGGUCGUGUGCGUCCUGUGGUUGGUAAUCGCCGAGCGGCAAACUGGGCUUCAGCCUAUGAAACCACGUUUCCAGCGAAUUCUGGCCCAGUGACCACAACCAAGAUGCAUCCACUCAGUGAAGAGGAAGAACGGCAAUGGGCCAAGUCCGUCGACCGCUCUGACGUCGUGCUACAAUUCGUCGAUCAUCGCCGAAAUAAAAUUCGACGAUAUGUCGCCGAAGUGGCCGCUCGAUUCCCCCAUUCCAAUCAGUGUACCGCGCUGGAGGGACUUCAAAAAGUAACGCAAGUUUUUGUUUGGGACUUGAGGGCGCGACUUAAGGACGCUUUCACGCUGAUCAUUGGAGAUGGCUCAAAGCAUCGAAUGAUCGUGCAUUUCUCCUGCCAAGUUCAUAGUGCCUAUUGCGCAUUCCACGAUGACUAUAUGUUUGCUUUCAAAACAAAAUUUGCUCCUGUUUGGUUACAUUUGAUGUUUCUGCAGAUGCAAUCGACGUCGAUCGAGAAUGGUUGCGGUGUGGUGUCGCAAUCCUCGGCUCCGUUUCUGACGUUGGCUCGAUGCUGGGAAUGCCUUCCGGCACGGAUCACUAAAGAGCGAGCUUUUGUAACCUUAGUGACAAGCGCCUUUCCUACUGUCAAGGAACAGGACAAGUUAUAUAAGGAGUUGGAAGAAGCCUCAUUUUUCGAUUGCUUCUCUCUGGACGGACCGUCGAAUCGAUGGAGCUGUUUUAGCUGUUCACAUCCAGAACGAGUAAAGUAA